AUGGCUCUUUGGAUAGACAAAUAUCGUCCACGUGAAAUGUCAAAACUUACUUUUCACAAAGAACAAUCAGAAAAAUUAUCUUCGCUUGUAACUGACGGGGAUUUUUCUCAUCUUUUAUUUUGCGGGCCAGCAGGUGCUGGGAAGCGAACAAGAAUCAAUUGUUUACUUAAAAAGAUUUAUGGAAAAGGUGUAGAAAAUGUUCACGUCGAAACACAUCAUUUUUCAAUUCCAAGUGGCAAAAAACUGCAAAUAUUUGUUGUAAACAGUAAUUAUCAUAUUGAAUUGACACCCAGUGAUGUUGGUGUUUAUGAUCGAGUUAUUGUACAAGAAAUUAUUAAAGAUAUGGCACAAGUACAACAAUUGAAUAGAGCUUCACAAAAGGCAUUUAAAGUUGUUGUUUUAUUGGAAGCAGAAAAUCUUACAAAAGAAGCCCAACAUUCAUUGAGACGAACUAUGGAAAAAUAUGCCGCUAAUUGUAAAAUUAUUCUUUGUUGUGAAUCUGCAAGCAGAAUAAUUGAACCGCUUAGAAGUCGUUGUAUGGUUAUUCGAGUAUCUGCACCUUCUGAUGAGGAGUUAUUGGAUUGUGUGGAGAAUGUUUGUACCCGUGAGCGUGUCCAAGCAUCACAUGAAUGGCUUCGAAAAUUAGCUGAAAAAUCUAAUGGAAAUUUGCGUAGAGCUCUUUGUUUACUUGAAUGUAGUGUUUCACAAAAGUUUGUUUUUUUUUGA